UCUCUCUCUUUCAAUUGCUCGACUAGGGUUUCAGUGUGCUCUCUGCUGCCUCCAGUUCAUUCUCUAAAUUACUCAAUUAGGAUUUUGUGUGUGUUCAAUCAUGGCCAAAACUCUACCAUCAGACAUCAUAAUAAACAUCCUCUCACGUUUACCUACUGAAUCACUAUCAGAAUGCUCCUUGGUAUGUAAACCUUGGAAAAAUUUCAUCUACUAUGACAGAUCUUUGGCUCAUAUGCUCUCACGCCGGAUUUACGACCAGGAUUCUGUUGAUGCUGUCACUUCUGGUAAGGCAAGCUUCCUUUACUUGUUUAAUUCAGUAAAAGGGCAUACACUUUUGAAACAUUUGGAAUAUGAUGAUGAGAAUGGUGAAAAACCCCUGAAAUUUGAAAUAGCUAAGUUCAUACCUGUACCAGAUCAUGUCCCUUGCCGAUCAAAAAAAAAACCUGUACCUGAUCAUGUCCCUGUCGAGAUUAUUGGUUCGUGUAACGGCCUGGUCUGUAUUUCUGUGUUAUCCAAGAAAAAUGACACUGUUCAGGAUCCUAUCUAUAUUUGCAAUCCCAUGACUAGAGAAUUUGUGUACCUUCCGAAAUUAACUGAUAAGUUCAGCCGUGGAGAUUAUGUUGUGAGCGGGUUCGGCUACCACCCUUCUACGAAUCAGUAUAAGGUUGUCUGAAUCUAUUGUCAUGCAGCAAGCAAGAAAAAACCCUUUGCUGGACUUGUCCAAGUAUAUACUCUUGGAAGCGGCAAUGGGUGGAGAAAUUUAAGAGAUAUCACCUACAAGUUGCAUCCAUCCGUUUCUAAUGAGAUUCUUGCUAAUGGAGCUCUUCACUGGUUAGAUGAAGACGGGAAAAUUGUGAAAUUUGAUUUAUCUGAUGAAACAUUUAGUGUCCUCCCAAUGCCAGAAGAUUUUGAUCAGUUGUGGGACUGUCAUAGGGAAAUUGUACAAGGUCAGAGCGACAUUUUCUGGGAUUUUGAACUUAGGGUCUUAGGUGGAUGCUUGCGCAUUAUUGAACAUGAAAAAAGAUACCACAACAUAUGGUCGUUCAAGAAAAGAGACGAGAACAAUGGUAACCAAGAUGUGAAGGAGGAACAUUGCAAUUCAUCUUGGAGUUGGGAGGAAGACUCUUUUGACUGGAACGAGGUGGAUAGUCAUACAUGGACUAAGACAGUUUUCCCGUUCGCCAUUCUGAAGGACAAUGCCAAAAUUCUAUUUCAUGAUAAUAUUCGCUAUUACUAUCGUCAAGACCUCGCGGGAUAUGAAUUUGAAAUUAUUGCAGAUGAUCAUCUUCCACAUCAUUCAGUUCGAUAUGUGAAAAGUUUUGUUUCGUUGAAAGCUCUUGGAGAAGAAGAAGCAAAGAUAAUGGAAUCAAGUGAAGGAGCACAGGAGCUACCAAGGUCUGACUUGGAUACAGAUAAUGAGUGGAAAGACCAACAGCCUCGGACUGAUAUAGACUCUCGUUACCGUUUCUUUGUUUAGUUAUUAUGCAAUUUGGAGGAGUUGCAUACUAUUGCUCUGCCAGGAUGAAGUUUUAACAGUUUGUAAGUUGCUUUCGUUUUUAUUUCUUCUGCUUUAGAACUUGUACUUUCAUUUUGCUAGACAACUCCGCUAAGGAAUUUAUUUUACAGAUGCUAUGAACUUAUAACCAUUUAGGUUUAAAUAUCUUUUAUACUGUCUGUUUUUUGUU